CAACGAGUCCUUGGUGGUGAAUGAUAUGAGUUCCUUUAUCCAUGAACUGACUGUCUUACUUCCACUACUUCUCAUGAUCCUGGCUUGAGUCUAGUACUCGCAUUGAGAGAGAUAGGGAAUGUCUUAGAAGACCAGUUGACCUCGUAAGCUGCUAUAUGAUCUAGAAAAUCCUCUACCGACGAUCGGGGUUGUUUGUUGCUAUAGAGGUCUGGAGAGUUGCAUUGGUUUGAGUCAGGUUUGCUUGGGGACAAGCAAACGGUUAAGUGUGGGGGAGUAUGAUAGACCAUUGAAUACACAUGUUUUUACCCCUAUUCUUGAGCCGUUUGAGAUGUCGAUUCCCGUGUUUUAGGCCGAUUUCACGCUAGGUUGUUCUUGUUUGUGAUAUUUCAUAUCCUAGUACGUGAAUGAAGGUUUAGGAACGAGUUCGGGGUCGAUUGGACGAAGUUUGGACGCUUGGCGAGAAGCUGAGAAGCCACACAGGCAUGCCCAAAAGCCACACGGCCGUGUGGGAGACCCUCUGUGGCCGUGUGAAGGCUCGGCAAAAGCCACACGGGCAGCCUGGACACUCACACGGCCGUGUGGGUCGUGGCCGCGUAGGAAGCCUGAAGUCACUAAACGAAACGCCGCAUUUUUCAAAGCCACACGGGCAGCUGGGGAAGUCACACGGCCGUGUGGCCUGGUCGUGUGAGUCGGGAUUUCUGGUUUUAAGCCAAUUUUCAGCAAAGGAGAAGGGAGAUCCGAGUUUUAGAGAGACAGAGCGAUUCCUUGAGAGAGAAAGCGACGAACAAGAGUUCCCAAGUUCCCUAGCUUGAUCUUCAUCACCAUUGUAGCCCGGCUUGAGCUCGGAGAAGUGCCGAUCGACAACCAGGAGCAGAAAUCCAUCCUUCACAGUAUGGUUUCCGCAUCUGAAUCUGCUUUUGCUUCUUUAUCCAUGGAGUAGUUCUCCCAUUCAUCUGGGUAUGGAGAACCCUAGAUUUGUAUGUUAGGUCUGAUUGUAUGAACCCAAGUACAGAUUCUAUGAUUUGAUUAUAUUCAAUUGAGGUUUGAAUGAUUGAAUGGCAUGAAUCCUGAUCAAAUUCCUGUUGUUUCUGCUUUAACCUAGAAAGAGAAUAUCUGCCUAGGUUGAUAGAGCACCCUUAAUUGAAGGUAGUGAAUUGGCGACUUUAGUCGAGGAGCCAGUUCACUAUUCUGUACCGAAGUUACUUCGGUAGAGGAGGUUUUGUUCGUUAGGGCCUCAAUCUGUUUACUCUGGUAGAGGUUAGUCGCCCGCUAGAGACUCAGAUUGAGAGGGUCUGGAGACCUUUAGUCGAGACUUCAGACUGUUUAAGAACCUUCCGCAGUAUAACUUUCAAAGAAACUGAACUUGGUAAUUGCAAUCCAGCUUAACUGCAGUCUAGGGGGAACCAUAUCCGAGUGACCUCUCUCGACUUGAAACAACCGUUUAACUUGCUUUGUGUUUUUGAUUGUUUGAACCUGCACUUAAGUUUUACCACUAGAUAAUAAGAAUUCACUGAGUAGUCAUCGCAUCUAGGACCCGGGUUGACAUUAAAACCCAAACCCGCUAUACUACGCUUUAGGAAGUGGUUUCACUUGGCCAUUUUCUAGAGUGACAGUAGGAGUGAGUCAGUUGGCAACUAAAUCAGAGAGGUCCAUAAGGAACCCAAAUCGAUCACUUGCAGAAUAAGAUGAGUGUAAAGGGGAUAAAUUCUACGCCUUACGGUAUUUGAGUUUUUGAGAUUGAUUGAUGUGUGCCAUGCUUGCCUUUGUGUGUUUCUAUGAUGUCAUGUGAGUUUGUGUGAAUAUGCUUUCAAUUGUGUGUUAUUGCAUGCUUUACUUACAAGUAAGUUCAGGUUUAAGAAACAAGUACUUUUUAAGAAGUAACUCACCUUCAAGAAGGUGAAGACGUUUUAAGUGUUUUUAGUCACUAGUGUCAGUUAUGCUCUUGAGAUCUUCGAGACAGAGCAGCAGUUAUGCUCUUGAGAUCUUCGAGACAGAGCAGUAGUUAUGCUCUUGAGAUAUUUAAGUUGCGCAACAGUUAUGCUCUUGAGAAUCGUGGUGAAGAGCCACCACGAUAAGUUUAAGAUGUUAAGGGGAUAAAUCGUUACGACUUUCCUAACUAAGUUUAAGUUUAAGGAAAACAUGUAUGGCUUCUCAUACGUAUGAGUUGGCAACCGGACUAGCUAGUGAGGAAUCCCCGUGUCAGUCAAGAAUUUAAGUUGAGAUUUGAGCUUUAAGGGCACAAUUUUAAGAGUUAAGAUUUUUAAUAGUGGAAGUCCAAAACAACUUCCACCAAGUUAAGUUAAAUGAUCAAGUAUUAGAAAUUUCCAAUCGUAAGGGCGUAGACUGACCCCAACUCACUCACCAGUUUAAAAAGGAAGAGCUAGAGGAGCAGUUAGAGGGCAGCGAGAGCGAGAGAAACAGUUCUAGGGGAUCCAUCUGGAGGAGGACGGUACGAGCAUCGAGGAGGACGUCUGCGUUCAUGUUGGAGCAAGCAUCCGCAUAGACUUCUAGUUAUUGUACUUUAUGUUUAGUAGUAAGACUGGAGAUUAAGAUUUUAAGGUUUGAGUUUGCCCGAAUUUUAGGGCUAUGGGUUUAAGUAAUGAAAGUUGUUUUCAGUUUUUAUUGAAGAUGAUCUACGAAAAGUUUUUGCUAUUUUUCUAAGUAUUUGCAUUUCUUAUUUUGAUUCCGCUGUUUAUCAAGGGUAUUUUGGUAAAAUUAGUACUCGGACGGGUGAGGGUGUUACAAGAUGGUAGUGACAGAGGGGGAGGGAGGCGGUGGAGGGCGCGGCAGGAGGUGGAGGAGGAUCGCGGGACGGGGGUUGAGGGAGGCGGAGGGUUAUGGGACGGUGCAACGAUGGUGGAGGGAGGAGGAGGGUCACGAGACGGUGUGGAGGCGGCGGCGGUGCAGAGCACGGUGUGCAGCAGGCCAUGACCAGGGGGAGGGGGGGCAGAGCCGUUUGCGGGAGAGAGGGAGGAGUUAGAGUUUUUUCACUUAUAUGAGGGGUCUAUAAUUGAGUGUGGUAAGUUUUUUUCAUUUCAAAAAUACCUUUCGUUUAAUUUUAAUAAUUAAUUUAAAAAAAAGAUAUAAGAGAGAGAAAAUAUCCGAUGACUACAAAAUGGAUUGUGGAUCUCACAACCCCUUAGGGGAUUGUAACCGUAUCCCCUCUCUAGAUUCUGGAAGAAAAUCCUGCAAUUUUAUGAAUAAUAUAUUAGACAGCGAACCAAAAAAACUUACGUAGUCUCCCUAUACAUCAAUGAAAACAGUCUAACGGAGAUUACAACUUUUUUUCAUUUCAAAAAUAUCAUAACAAGAGUGAUUAAAGGAGAGAUAAAGUAGACUCUUAAUAAUUAAAAAUAACAAUAAACUAAAUCAACUUUCUAGUCAACCAAAAUGUUACUCAUGUCAUGCUCUCUCCCCUUCAUUUCCCCAUCAAUCAUAAAUGCUCCACAUUUUUUCCCCUUUCACCUAAGAUUUUAGUUCUUUUUCCACAGAAAAAUCUAAUUUAAGGAGACUCAUAGAAUGAUGCUCUUUGAUAUGUUUUGAAAUAAAAGGUUCUUCCAUUGAUAGUUCGGUUGCAUACGAACUACCGUGUGUCGUUGUUCUCGGUUUUGUAAUGUAGUUUCAUUUGCUUACCCCUUCUUGGCAUAUUUUGGAAAAAAUACAGUAUUCAUGCACAAAUGAAUUGUCAGGGCGGUGCACCAACCAGACACGUAUAAUUAAUUGUGAUUAUGUUA